AACAGAAGAUGGUCGAUGUUCAACUUAGUGACGCAGAGAAAGUAUUCAUUUUACACGGUGUCCAGGAUAACUGUCGUGAAGAUGGCAGAGGGUGUGAAGACUACAGGCAUUUAGAAAUUGAGACAAGUGUCAUGUCAAAUACUAAUGGAUCAGCACGAGUCAGAUUGGCAAACACAGAUAUCUUAGUUGGAGUAAAAGCAGAAUUAGGAACUCCAUCUCCUGAGAAACUAGAUAAAGGACGGAUAGAGUUUUUUGUGGACUGCUCAGCUAAUGCUACUCCUGAGUUUGAGGGUAGGGGAGGAGAGGACUUAGCUACAGAGAUCAGUAACAUGCUGUAUCGUGCCUACGAUUGUCCCAACUGUUUUGAUCUUAAACAGCUCUGUGUCAUCCCAGAACAACAAUGCUGGAUACUCUUUGUUGAUGUCUUGCUGCUUGAAUGUGGUGGUAACCUCUUUGAUGCUACAUCACUGGCUGUAAAAGCGGCAUUAUUUAAUACAAGUAUACCAACAGUGACUGUAACUAGAGAUGAGGGGGUGGUAGACCUGGAAAUCUCAGAUGACCCUUACGAUGUACAACGACUAGAUAUGAAGUCCUCGCCCUGCAUUGUAACUCUUAGUAAGGUUGGCCAUUCACAUGUCGUUGAUGCAAGUCAGAAAGAGGAGUGCUGUACUUUAGCCAGACUUAUUAUGGGAGUGACAGAAAAAGGGACAAUUACGGCACUCAAGAAAGAGGGUUCAGGCAGUUUAGACCCCACCAGUGUUGAAGAUAUGAUGGAGACUGGUAGACGAGUUGGAGAAUCUCUAAACAGAUGUUUGAUGGAAGCUUUGGUGGAGGAAGAAAGACAGGGUACCAAGAAAAAGACAUCAGGAUUCCUGAGAUAGUGUACU